AUGUUUCGUUUUCCGGUGAGUCUUGGAGGUCCACAUGAUAAUCCAAAGCAGCCACAGUCGUCGGAUGAGCAGCCUCAUCGGGCCAUGAUCGAUGAAGUUGACUUUUUCAGGUCGGAGAAGAGAGAUGAUCAGAAUAUCAUCACCGACGAAACUAAUAGAGUUCAUGUCAAAAGGGAGAACUCACGUGUUGUUGAUGAUGAUGACCGUUCAACGGGUAUCAAUACUGGACUUAAUCUUCUCACUGCGCAUACGGGAAGCGACGAGUCAAUGGUGGAUGAUGGGUUGUCUGUGGACAUGGAGGAGAAACGUUCAAAGAUUGAGAAUGUCCAACUUCGAGAAGAGCUAAAGAAGGCAGCUGAAGAGAUUCAAAGACUAAAGGAAAUGCUAAGUCAAACAACCAACAACUUUAACUCCUUGCAGAUGCAACUUGUUGCUGUCAUGAGGCAACAAGAAGAUAAUCAUCAUCUGGCAAUGACCGGAAGCAAAGACAUGACCAAUAAACGACAUGAAGGCUCUGAAAUGGUUCCAAGACAGUUCAUGGAGUUAGGACUGCCGACUGCUGAAGUGUCGUCCGAGGAAAGGACCACGGUUCGGUCACGAUCUCCACCGUCACUCCUAGAGAACUCUAGCUCACGUCAGCGCGGAAAGAGAUUACUUGAGAGAGAAGAAAGCCCCGAGACCCAAUCAAACGGCUGGGGAAACCCUAACAAAGUAUCCAAACACAAUGCUUCCUCAAGCAAUGACAAUGUAAGUGCGAUCGAUCAGUCGACUGCUGAAGCCACCAUGCGUAAAGCACGUGUCUCGGUCCGUGCUCGGUCGGAAGCUCCCACGUUAAGCGAUGGAUGUCAUUGGAGAAAGUAUGGACAGAAAAUGGCAAAAGGAAACCCGUGCCCUCGAGCUUAUUUCCGCUGCACGAUGGCCGUUGGAUGCCCCGUUCGCAAGCAAGUGCAACGUUGCGCAGAAGAGAGAUCUAUUCUCAUAACAACCUAUGAAGGAAACCAUAACCAUCCAUUACCACCGGCAGCUAUGUACAUGGCUUCAACCACAACCGCAGCCGCAAGCAUGCUCCUAUCAGGUUCCACAAUGUCGAGCCAGGACGGUUUAAUGAACCCAACAAAUCUCUUCGCUCGAACCAUGUUGCCUUGUUCCUCAAGCAUGGCCACGAUCUCAGCCUCUGCGCCAUUCCCAACCAUUACGCUAGACCUCACAGAAUCAGCAUCUAACGUUAACAAUCAAACUAAUAACAAUCCGUUGAUGCAGUUCCCACAACGGUCUGGUUUCACGGAGUUGAACCAAUCAGGGUUGCCUCAAAUGAUGGGUCAGGCUUUGUAUUAUAACCAACAACAGUCCAAGUUCUCGGGUUUACAGAUACCGACUCAGUCGCUGAACGCGGGCGAAAACGUCAGCGCUGCUACUGCUGCUAUCGCAGCUAAUCCGAACUUUGCAGCGGCUCUAGCCGCAGCCCUCACGUCUAUUAUCAACGGUCCGAAUAAUCACAAGAAUGGGGACAGUAACACUGGUAAUAAUAAUGUUAGGACAAGCAGUGUUGAGAGGCAAUAA